GGAUGCUUUUUGAUUCAAAACAUAGGUCCCGGGCCUAUUCACGGCGCACUCAAAGGUGUGUCCAAAGAGGCCAAAACCAAACUCGUGACAACCGUUGCCUAUAAGUUCGGCUCAAAUCCAGUGUGUUAUGCACUGGAAGGCAGUGUUGCCAUCGCUGGGGCGGCCAUCACUUGGCUCAGGGAUAAUCUGGAACUCAUUGAGAGCUACAAUGAGAUCGAAAGCAUCGCAAAAGGGGAUCAGAGCGCCGGCGGACUCUUCUUUGUGCCCGCAUUUCAGGGUCUAUACGCGCCGUAUUGGGACGCAAACGCCACGGGAACUAUAAUAGGGAUCUCACAGUUCAGCCGAAAGUGUCACUUAGUUCGGGCCACUCUGGAAGGGGUGGCCUUUCAGACCAAUGACAUACUGGCGCUCAUGCGUCAAGACAACAGUGGCAUCAAAGUGGACGGAGGGAUGAGUGCCAACAAUCUCUUGUGUCAAAUACUGUCGGAUAUCAGCGGCGCAGAGAUUGUGAGGCCGAAGAUGACGGAAGCGACGGCAUUGGGCGCCGCUAUGGUUGCGGGAUAUCAUUUGGGGAUCUGGAAGAUAUUCAAAGAACCGGAAUCAGACGUCGGCUCUGAGUCCGAGACCGAAAAGCCUCAUAUAAACGGAUAUACUAACGGUUCGGUGCCUAAGAGUCAUCGAAACGGUUUGAUUCGAGCGAUUAGUCGCCGAUUAUCUCAGUCUUCAAUCACUCGCAAACUGGAGCGAAGUUUCUCUAUUAGUCGUGAACCCAAACUCUAUGACAAGAAUUAUGAUGUCUUUCACCCAAACAUGUCCGAGCAGUUACGACAGGACCGGAUCAACACCUGGAAGGCUGCGGUGAGUCUAUACGCGCCGUAUUGGGACGCAAACGCGACGGGAACUAUAAUAGGGAUCUCACAGUUCAGCCGAAAGUGUCACUUAGUUCGGGCCACUCUGGAAGGGGUGGCCUUUCAGACCAAUGACAUACUGGCGCUCAUGCGUCAGGACAACAGCGGCAUCAAAGUGGACGGAGGGAUGAGUGCCAACAAUCUCUUGUGUCAAAUACUGUCGGAUAUCAGCGGCGCAGAGAUUGUGAGGCCGAAGAUGACGGAAGCGACGGCAUUGGGCGCCGCUAUGGUUGCGGGAUAUCAUUUGGGGAUCUGGAAGAUAUUCAAAGAACCGGAAUCAGACGUCGGCUCUGAGUCCGAGACCGAAAAGCCUCAUAUAAACGGAUAUACUAACGGUUCGGUGCCUAAGAGUCAUCGAAACGGUUUGAUUCGAGCGAUUAGUCGCCGAUUAUCUCAGUCUUCAAUCACUCGCAAACUGGAGCGAAGUUUCUCUAUUAGUCGUGAACCCAAACUCUAUGACAAGAAUUAUGAUGUCUUUCACCCAAACAUGUCCGAGCAGUUACGACAGGACCGGAUCAACACCUGGAAGGCUGCGGUGAGUCGAAGUCGCAAAUGGAUUCGUGUGGAGAAACAGGAACAGAAGAGAGUCGACUACAAGAGAUUAUCUUCAAUACCAUUCAUGUUAUACGUGUUGUUCUCAUUUGGAACUCAUAUCUUAAGCGAAAGUAUGUUAAAGAAUAGCUCAUGAGUUGUUAGAUAUCUAUUGUCCGUUAAAACUAAUCCAUUAUUUUGACAUAAUUUAGAAAAUUUCAUUUAUUAUAUUGUAUAUAGAGUAUAUUAGUGUUAAUCUACUGUAAUAAAUGAGUGCAAAUAUGAAUAUCCAGU